UCGCCGGCUAAACUGAGAUCCGGUCGGCUUCAACUUCGGCUUGUUGAAUAUCGAACGUCAAAUAUCCAAAGCAUCACUUCCGCACUAUAUAUACGUCCUUGUACAUCUCUUCAUACCAGGUGUUUGGGCUUUACUCCUUCAUGAUCUCGUCUGACCAGUCGAAAAACCCUUCUACUUUCUACAAGCAUUUGCUCUGACAGGAGCAGAGCAAGAUGGCCAAGAAAGGCCAUUUGAAGGCUGCACUGACGAAGCAUAACUCAGCGCAGCAGCUGAAGGCUAAGCAGAGGGCAGCUGACGAGGCGAGAGAGCGCAAGCAUGCUUCCAUCGUGGCAAGCAGCAACGGCGCCAAAGGCAAGACGGGCCAGGCUGCCAAGAGGGUAAAGCAACAGCAGCACGGCGCGCAAGAAGUGCCAAGCGAAAAGUCGAGUGUCAGUGGCCUGAGUGCGAAGAAACAAGGGAAGCAGCGUCAAGUCGAGCCUUUUGCUCUGGAUGAUACGAUUCUGCUCGUCGGCGAAGGAAACUUCUCCUUCGCUCUUUCCCUUCUAUCGCCCCCGCGCUCGCACCCUCCAGCGCUACUGCUUGCCACGAGCUACGACGACGAGUCGACGUGCUAUACCAAAUACCCUGACGCCAAGGACAUCGUCGCAACGAUUCGCAAAAUCGGCAAUCGCGAUGAUAUCGUACGCUUUGGAGUAGAUGCUGGCAAUCUACAGGCCUGUAAAGCAGUGGUGGGACAAGCUGCCGAUACCAGAAGAAGAUGGAGCAAAAUCUAUUUUGGCUUCCCGCACGUAGGUGCCGGACACAAAGAUGAGAUGCGAAAUGUACUGGCCAACCAGCUGCUUCUCGCUCGAUUCUUCGUCUCUGCAGCUCCGCUCCUCACACAGGGCCACGAACCAGCGUACGCUCGCGAAGAAAGUAACCGCGGCUCCAAGCGACGAGCUUCGUCUCCAUGCGAUGAAAGUGAUGGAGAAGACGCGUCUGUGAUCACAGAUAUCGAUUAUGCGGAUGAGGAGGCAGUGCAGCAACUGCAGCAGGCGCAAUCAGCAUCGAACGCAACAGGCUUCCUUCCACCCUCCAGGGCGGGAUCGAUCCUCAUCACGCUGCGUAACGCGCAUCCGUACACGCUGUGGGACGUGCCCAUGCUCGGCAAGCGCUUGUCGGCCAUGCUACCAGGCAUUGCCGCCACGGCACCUCCGCUGCCCAAAGGUGUCAGGACACCCAAAGUUGCCGACAUUGAGAGCGCUAGGGCAAAGUACAGGCUGUGGAGGAGCUUUGAAUUUUUGCCUGGCAUGUGGAAGCAUUACAGCCAUCGCCGGACGAUCGGAUGGGUCGAGGGGCUGAGCACGUCGGCCAAUGAGGACAUUCUUCGGCAGGGCGUCUCAAAUAAAGGCCAAGCGCCUGGCAAAUCGUCAAAGCAUGCGGGCACGGGAGAGUGCCGAACUUGGGAGUUUGGUCUUGUACCCUGAAGUCAUGACGCGGCCAUUGCCGGAACUUCUGUCCUGCCCCAUCAAACAAGAGGUCUGCAGGCCUUUUGAAAGUUCGAAUAGCUGUUUACCGCGCUGUAAAUCAUUUUCACGCCUGUCCAAUUUAGCCACCUGUGAAUCAGCG